AUGGUCAAGUUGCGUGAUGACGAGUAUAUUACUUAUCUGGAAGAUUGUCUAUCAGCUUUAAUUGAUGAAUAUGGCUUCGCUGCUGCCCAACAAGUGAUCCCAGAUCUAGCAAUCAUCACACCUAGUGUUCCUACUAUUGAACAGGCACUAGGGAUUGUUCAAUAUGAGCCGGCAUCUGAUACUCACCAUGCGGUUGAUCAGAAACAGAAAUCGAUCGCGCACUUCUUUGCCCUUGAAAUGCCUGAAUAUAUGGGCUCAAGUCUUAGUCUUUCACUUUCCAAUUCUUUGAAUGGCUUAACAUAUACUGAGCAGCAGGAGAACUUUUUGUCACCUUGUCCAGAGGACAGCACUAGCUCAGAAAAAGAACCUCGCCGGACUGAACUGACACAGGGAUCUGUAGACACUGAGUCGGCAACUAAUGACAACCGAUCAGCCAUAGAGAAUGAUGAUUCAACGGAUGAUGUUGAAUCAUUGCUAACCCCACACCUGCCGAAUUGUAACCCCCGAAGAGUUGAUUCCGCCCGGAAAGUGAAAAGAAGGCGGAUGAAUUUUUGGACUAGCCCGAUCGCUGGUUGUAUACCCACAGAGGAAAUGAUAGAACCUGAUAGCCUGUACUGCCUGUUGAUUCAGCAAUGCGGGAAAGACCAUAAUGAAGAGGUUCCACGCCUCGUGAGACUCUUUUAUGCCAUUGCAAGCCCGUACGCAUUCAAGCAGCUUGCUGAAGCCUAUGUUUUAGAUUCGAAAUCUACGCUCCGUACUUUACUUCGGCGGUUUUUCUUGGUACGUCUGCUAGACAGCCGGAACCAAAGUGAGAAUAGCUUCAAAAUUAGGCGCACUCAAUCUGCCCCAGGCCGGGACUGCAAAAACAAAGACCGAGCCAGGGACUCUCUUUCCGGUCGUCCUGAUUCGAAUGCUGUUCAAGACCUUCUAUUUAAGUUCUAUCCCCAUAUCAAGCAUGUUGAAAAAUGGUCCGUUGAGUAUAAGGAAAAACAUACCAAGCUAAAAAACCGGCUUAAAUGGGCACGUAAUUGGUAUCUGCUGCGCCAGAAAUUUUCAUCAGGACUGCUGGCUUUAGUACCAUGUGGAGAUGAGCUGCGGAUAGGCAUUGACUGGUUCCAAACGAUACCGAUCCGUCUAUUUUCAAUCUUCCUGGAUAUUCUAGACAAAUAUCGAGGAGAAUUUCUGCGGAACAUCGGCGAUUUAAUCUCCACCGACAUUGAAGUGGUGCUAUGUGGCAGCCAUAAUGGGUUGAUGUAUGGAUUCAAGCACGAGGAUACUGAACAACUUUUAAUAGAGUGUAUGGACUCAGGUCAUCUAAUCAAUCUAUGUCAGCAGGGCAAUGUUACAGAAUGUUCUUUUUAAAGUGAUUGCAUACAAUUGUUAAUCCAUGUAUAUGUGGCAACCUUUCCCAACAGCUUGCACUGGGUAAAAAUUCGAGCGAGACUUUUAACUACAGAACUUACAUAAAGAUUACAGUGUUGCAGUUUGUGACACUCC